GUUAGGAAAAGUGCAAAGUUAUGGCUUUGUAAAUCUUAAUUCAACUUCGUUUUGAGGAAUGUAUCGAAUUUUAAGGGAACAUUUUCCGAUUGAAUAACAUUUUCUUUAAAUAGCCAUUUCAUAACAUCUUUGAGAAACAACGCAGGCGCAAUGACAUCAUCAAGAGUUAACAUGGAGGACAACAUCGAAGUAGCAGUCCUUCCCCUUUAGUUUGACAUAACCUUGCGAUGGCUUCGUUUCAAAAGACAUUUAGGAAGAGUGGAAGUCAUCAUGCUGAAUUUCACUCUCUUCAAGGGGUCGACGUUAAAAUUGGAGAAAAAUUCAGACCACCGAAGAAGGUGACAUUACCAGUGGGAUGGCAACAAAAAGAUCCCUCAUUUGCCCUGAGCUUAACAUAUGACUUCAGCCUUGAAAGAGAUGUCAUUGCUAAAGCGGAUGCACUCAGGGCUUCAAAACAGGAACUAUCAGAAGCUUCCUCAGCUGAAUCUCAAGUGACAAGUUCUUCCACAGAAACUCUGCCUAGUCAAAAUUCAGUAUUUUCCAACGUUGGAACUGAAAUUCUUCAACCUGUGGUGGCACCUGGAAGAGGGCAUAAGAAAAAGGACAGCUUUGGGGGAAAGGGGAAAAAUGCAUUUGACCUUGCAGACUUUGAAGGUGACACGUCAACACCAUUUGAGCUUGUAGAAUUACAGACGAUAAAUGAUUUAGAUGAACUUAAAAAUGUCCUUCAACCUAAUGCAGUACCCUUGGCAACAACAGAAGACUCAUCUAGUUCAUGCGAUUAUAGAGCACGUGGUCUUCCAACUGGUUCACCUGGGAGUGAUGUUAGUCUAACUGCAAGCAAUGUUCCACUUUCAGGGAAUUCAUUAAUUGAUAUUUCUAGUUCUGCUAAUGUGUUGCAAAAACCAUCAUCUCCGAUAAUAAGUAGAACUGCAGAUACAAGAAGGUCACCUAAUGCCAAUAUAGGGGGUACAUUGUUAGUGGACAUUGGAGAAAUGAGGACUAGCUUGGUAACUCCUCCUACAAUUAUUUCAGCAAGGAAUGAUUCUGUUCCAAGUAGUUCUUUACCAAAUACAAGGUUUCUUCCCAAAGACAGGCCUCUCUCCAGAGGAGGAUUAUUGCCUCCCAUUGGACAGAGUUUUCCUUCGUCAGGGUCUCAACAGCCACAAGGACAGCAACCCAUGCAAAUCGCAACACACACUAGCGAGAGUACAAAUUCUUACCAAGGUGGGAUUUAUAGUUUUCCUAAAACUCCUCCUCUACAAGGACAAGAGAAAACCACUAAAGAACAGGAAAUUAAACCAAACUAUGGACAUUAUGUUACUCCUCCCUCUGUUUGUAGUUCAAGAGAACCACAGUGGAAUGUGCCAAGGUCUCCCGACUCUCAGGUAAGUAAUCAUCAAAGCAAUGUAAAAGUAGGU